AUGGAAGAAUCAAAUAUAAGUCUAGACAGUGCUGAGUUAGAUGAUAAAAAAGAUAAAGACACGGUUACAGUACAUCAAUUACAAAUCAGCCUGAGCGAUAUCCUGUCAGAAAUAAAAAAAGAACUGGCAACUAACUCACAAGAGAUUAGACAUGAAAUCAAACAUGAAAUGAAUCAACUUGCAGCAAAAAUGCUGAAAUUUAAAGAACAAGUCACUGAAAUGGAUUUCCAUGUAAAUAAAUUAAAAGAUGAUAAUGGAAAACUUCAUCAAAGGCUAUAUGAAUUUGACAUCAAAAUUAAUUACCUAGAAGACCGCCUAAGAAGGAAAAAUGUGCGCUUUAGGAACAUUGAGGAACUGGGCAAACAAGAAGACCUAGAGCAAUCUUUGAAAGAAUACUUUACAGCCUUGGAUAUUUUAUUCAACAUUGAGGAAGAAAUAAUUGAAAGAUGCCAUAGACUGGCCAAACCACAAACAAUCCACGCUGAUCUUCCUAGAGACAUUAUUGCAUGUUUUGUUUUCAUAUGA